AUGCUGCGGCUCACUAUGGAGUUGGCGCUACAGAGGUCACAGGGGUCCGACGAUCUGGCCACAAUGCGAGCUGUAGAGCUGCGCGCGCGGAAGGAGCAGAUGAUCGAACUGGCAGAGCGUGCUGCCAGGAUUGUCAACGAGACGGCCCACCGGAUGGGAGCCCGGAUGGGUCUGCCAGCAGAGUGGGACGUGGUGGAGCGAAUGGCGGGGACCGACGGCGCGCUGCUGAAGAAGGAUGAAGAAACUGCUGCAGAGCUGCUGAAAAGAGUACAAGACCUCGUCAAUGCUACCUUUUGGGGCUGGGGCGGGCACGGCGCACGCACUCGCACCCGGGAUCGCGGAACGGAGCCGGUGGCCAAGGGCUUGCAGGUAAUGUCCGUCAUCUACGUGCAGAACGCCGAGGUGUUUGUGAACUACCGAGCCCGGCGUGCAGAGAUCGCGGGGGUCAUGAAGCCGGACAUGCCGAUUGGCGAUGUGUGGGAUGUGAAGACUGCAUCUGUGCCGCUAGCGGGCGUUGGCCGCAUGAAGGAGAAUCCGGUUGAUCCCAAAAUCAACGAGCACUAUCUCUGGCACGGCAUCACCGAUGCCAACUUCGACUUAACCCGUGCAGGGACUGCUUUCGGAUCGCUCUUCGGGCCAGGGAUUUAUCUGGCUGAGAGCUGCAUGAAGGCGGACGAGUACACGCAAGCCGAUCACCGGGGAUACUUCCCGCUCUUGCUUUGCAGGGCCGUGCUUGGGAAUGUUCUCUAUUGCGACCAUCCCUCGCCGGUUGAAAUCAGCGCCAGUCUUGUGGCCGCCUGCGGCGAGCGAGGAGGCCACCACAGCGUCCUCGGAGAUCGGGAGAAGGUCAACGGAACAUUCCGCGAGUUCAUUGUGCCCGGCCUAGUUCAGGUGUUUACACACAGGUUUCUUUGA